AAAUAUGAAACUUGAAAAGCAGUUUGCUUUUGGCAAAGAAAACGUGAAAUUCUUUCGGUGUAUUUGUGAUGGAAUCUGGGUCAAGAUAUGUUUCUGCAGCAUCUGUAGACCUUCUACAUCCCCCGGUACUGAAUAUACAGCAGGCAUUUGGAACGGACGCGAAUUCAAUAACAGUGAAAUUGUUAUUGAGUGCUCAACAAUAUGAAGCAUGGAUGAGUGUGGAAGAAGAGGAACAAAAGAGUAUUCUAUUAGAUGGUCAGAUACGUGCUGAAACGUUGGUGUCUUCCAACACCUCUAGAAAAGUACUACUUUGUCAUUCUAACCUAAACAAUUUGUCGCAAGCGUUACCAGCUAUUGGUAACGCUAUUAGAUCCUUUAACGAAGAUGGUAGCAGUCUGGUACUCAAUUUUGCUUUUUCAAAUGUUUUACUUGGCUCAAAGACGUGGAUGAAUCAGCACCUCAUACCUCACCUUCAUUCCAUAUCUUCUUCCUCUCGUUUGUUUUUAAGUAGCACUCUUUUACCCCGUUCUAUGGAACGCUCUGUCAUUCUUGAGACAUCUUUGCAGGAAUCAUCUACUGUCCUAGAAGCAUUCUUAAACGAGCUCUUGUCAAGGAGCCGUAUUAUUUCAGGUAUCAACGUUGUCCCUUAUAUUCCAGAUGCUGCUUACGGAGUCUAUGGAUCUCCUUCUUUGUUCGGCGUUCUGCAUCCCAACAGCAGUAUGGUCACAGCUGAGAAUCCGUACGGUGUUACCCCCAUAGCGCUCACUACAGCAGGAGGUAAUUCUGAUCCUCUGCGAGCAUCUCAAUACUUCCCAUACUCAGGACCAUCUAUCCCGUUAAAUGCGGCUUCAACUCAAAUCAUCACGCAGAAGUUGUCAGUACCAUCGAAUAUUCUUGAAACUCUUCUUGCUGAAGUUCCAACAAAACUCGACGAAAUAUCUCAAUCAGCUAAUGUUCAUAUCGGCAUUGAGCACGGUGAUCCUCAAUCCAAAGUGACUUUACUGAACGUUACAGGAACUUCCGAAUCCAAUCAAACUGCUCUUAUGACGAUUUAUGCCCUUUUGGAAUCUCAGACAAAAAAGCUGUAAAGAUCUUGCUUUACGUUUGUUGUACAUAUAUCCAUAUGUUACCCCAUUUUAUAAUCCCUCUUCACCAGGUUCAUUGUGUUCUUCUAUUUUUCUUUUUUAACAGUGAAAUUUCGAAAGAAUAAAUAUAGAAAGAAUUAAAUAUUAGUAUCCCAUAGCACCUGUCUCAAUUGUGUAACUAGCAUAAAAAUGAACGAAGACAUAUUAUUAUCCUAGAAUAUAUUUGAAAAAAAUCUCUCUAGUUUUACAAAACUCUAUUAUUCUUACUUGCAUCUUUUUUCCACAAAUAAACCUCUGUCUACUCCCACUUCAUCAUACUCUUGUUUUGAAACCCACAAAUGUUGGAAGUUGUCGAGACUUGCCAGAAUUGAGCCUCCCAACCAUGAAGCAUUACUCCUGUAAAUCGAGUCUCCGCUGGUGUGUACAUUAACACGGUUUCCUGGAGCUAAUCUCUGAAGCUCAAAUUGUAGUCUCUCAGUAAGACCAGGAAUGAGUGAAGUACCUCCUGUUAAUAUGAUGUUACUAAAUAGUUGUGACCGUAUUUCACUUUCGCAUGCGAGAAUGCUUUGAUAUACCAGAUUGUGAAGCUCGAUGGCAUUUUCCGGGACGGUAUUUUCAGGGAGAUUGUCUCUAAAAGCGAAGCUAGGAUUAAACAAUACUUCCCCAACACGAAAUCGGUCGAUACCAAAUUGAUAAUUUGAACCAUCGGGAAACUCAAAAUGCUUGGGAUUCUUUGUGGACGCCUUCAACUCGUCGAAUGGAAAUUCCAAUGUCUCCAAAACGCUUUCUUUCCAUUCUUCUAAUAUUCUUUUAUUUUGAAAAUCGUUAUAGGAGUCUGUUAAACCGUCAAUCGAAUCAUAAAAAACUGCUGGCUUCACCUCUUCUGGAUUUCCAGGACCCGAAGACUCGAUUACGAUUGAUUUCCUGGCUACCCGAUAAUGGGGUAAAACGUUUAUGCUCAUUUUAGAAAAUAAGCUUUUUAUAUUUUCAUUUAAGAAAUUUCCUGCUAUCUUUUGUUUUACGAUACCUUUUCGCAUAGCAAUGCCAUCAACGACGGGAGUAACAGUUGUAUUAUCGGUACCAAGGUCAACAAUCAAAGCAGUAGCUUUAUUACUUGCAAAUGCCGCACAAACAGCUUGUUUAGUUAGAUAAAAUGCAGGUGCAUGAAGCUGCUCGAAUACUGUCUCCAUCGUCUGUUGACGAACAGAUUGAGUAUUCCAGCUCGGUUCUGUAAUCAUCAUGGCAUAUUCAGUUGGAUCAACUUUUAAUUUAUCUUUUAGUCCUCUAUUCCAUAAUUGUAAUGUAGACUCCCAGUCUUGAAUUAUCCCAUCAUUAAUACCAUUGGUAAUCUCCAUCCCAGGGAUAGGUGCAUGAAUCUGCAAUUCAUCUACUAUACUUUUUCUUUCUCCAUUUUCUCCUUGUAAAACACCGUAAUUUGAAGGAAGUAUAACUUCAGGUGAUUCCUCACCAGCAAAACCAAAGCGUGUCCAACAUGUUCCAGGAUCUAUAACCAACGCUGGAAUUUCGACUAAAUGUAUUUGUUAGCUUUCUCCUUUCACUCUAACCGGUCGUCUAAAUCACGUCUAAGGUUGCUUACCAAUAUUAGCAGAAUUCCUGCUCAUUCCACAGAAAAUCAGAAGAAAAAUACUUUUCUUGCUUCUUCAAAAGUUAUAAAAAAGAUUAUUGGGAAUUUAGACGGCUUUUAUCCCAAGGCUGAUAUCAACCCUUGAUUCACGCUUAUGUAUAGUGCAAUAACUGCUUACUACGUAUUGUCAACUCAACAACUAGUAAGAAAUUCAGUCAAGUUAUUGAUAGACUACCCGCAAUAAUCUCAAUUAUUAAGUUUUUUUUAUGCAAUUGCAAAAAUUACUAGAAUGAAAUAAAGAUUCUACAAUCCUGC